AUGGCUGCUGCAGUUGAGGAUGAUCUGCUGCAGAACCUUGAGAAAUGUGAAGCCAUCAUCAGUGAAGAGGAAUGGAGUGCUGCACUGCAGAACUUUCAGAAUGAAACAGGAUAUAUCCUUCAAACAUGGCUAUUCUUGGAAUGUAGGACUUUGGGAAAAGAUGACAUAAGGUUGCUGUUUGCUGAUAGGCUUCUCCUGUUACUCACAUCCUUGGCAAUGGAUUUAAAAGCUUGCAGUUCCACUCUACAUCAGCAACCUAUGAAUGAACUCAGCCUACAGGAACAUAAAGUUGUGUCAUCUGCCUUGCAAUUCCUUGAUGUGUUUGGGAUCCUGCCUUACUUGAAGUGUGGGUUUGGGAUCCCUCUAGAGAAACGUUUUCCUAGCCAGGUCCUGCCAUUCAUCCCAGUGAAGCAGGAAGGUCAUUAUGAGACCAAUCACCUCAUUGGUGUCAUGACUGGGAUUCUUGUGAUGAUUGAAGUUCAAGAACUCCUUGCACUCUUCCUAUCAUCCCCUGUCUGUGUGGAUGUGUUAGCUGCAUUUCUCCAACUUGUGCAUCACUGUGAUGAUGUAGACAAAGUCAUCCAAAAACACCUCAAGAUCCAACUCUACAAGCAGUUUCUUCCAAAGAUUCCCCAAGUGGAACUAGUGAAGCUUCUGAUGCUUCUCAUGGGCACUCGAGAUAUCCAGGCAAGUUCAGGAGACUGGUUGCGGCAGGUCGGACAGGUAAUCCUGAAUCAGGUGCUGUUGUCUUCAGGAGGUGUGAGGGCAUUCAUGACUGGAAUCACAGAUGCAGAGAGUCAGUCAAAUGCAUCUACAAGAUGGGAUGUAUGCAAUACUGUUGCUCGUAUUGUUGUGCAUCUGGCCUCAAGGAACAGACGCCCACUUGCUCUGGAGAACAACAUCUGCCCUCAGCUGUUGGAGCUAUUAAAUGUUAAAAAUGAAGAGGGAACAGGGAGUUUCCUGCGGAUUUUGGGUACAACAUUGGAUCUUCUUCACAAGUCUCAUCCAGAGGCCAUCUCAGUUCACAUCUUCACCCCACUCUUCUCAUUCCUCUCCUUAAGUAAUGUGGACAUCUCCGAUGACAUUGAACGCCUGCAUAGACUAUUUGUGGCUGGGACUUCAGUGGGGCUUGGAUCAGCGUUUGUGACCCAAGGCCUGGGUCCACACAUUUGGUCAUUGAUUUGCAUUCAUGCUGAGAGUGGGGUGUCUUAUUUGAAGAACAUCCUGGGGGAAAUCCUCCUCCAAUACUUUGAGUCAGAGACAGAACAGAGACGGAAGGAGAUACUUGAAGGGAUCUUGGGGAUUCGAGACCUGGAUCUUCCUGGUGUGGAUGUGAAUAUCCAUGUGAAACCUAGUUCUGGGGGAGGUCUUGUCAUUACUUCUCAGCCUCCAUCUGGUGCAGAGGAGGAGAUCUGGUUGUGCUUGGCUGAGUCUGUUUGUGAUCUCAUUAUCCAUCUCAGAGAACCUAGUUUGCUGCUGGGAAUUUUCCUCAAUAUCCUUCAAAGCCUGUCUUCAUCAGAGUUGUCAUUGGCCCGCUUUGUUCGACUCUCAGCUGCAGCAUCCACUCUUUCCAUGAAACCAUCCACCAUUGAGGCUGUCCUGCAGUGUCCCUCACAUUCCUUAGCUGUCUUGACUGUGAUUUUGGAGAGAGGAAAAGAGAGCAUGCAGGAAACUAGCAGUGAGAAGGGGGAGGAGUCAGAGUCCUUGUUGAUGGCUAUAGUUACAGCCACCUGUCUACUUUCUCAAGUUCAGGCAUGUGAUGGAAUCUGGACUGAGGCCAAGGCUUUAUUGCCAAUCCUCCGUUCUCUAUCAUCCAGCCACACAAACCCCCAGGUCCGAAAGGCUGCAGACGAGCUGCACACAAUUGUGGCUAUGCAUGGUCUUGUUCUGCACUCUGCUGCAUCAGAUGAUAGAACCAUGGCACCUCCUUCAUCAGCUGAGAACUCUUCUGACAAAAACGUGGAGAAAUUAGAUGGAAAGGAGAAACUUCAGAAGAAAUCUGCAAACAAGGAGACUUUUGAGGAUGCCCUUCAUGAUGUCUGUGACCCACUGUUGCCAGUUCAGGGGCAUGGAAUCAUCACUCUUUCUAGGCUCUUGUUACACAAGGACCCAGAAACCCUGCAGCAUCUGGAGCAAAUCUUUGCCAUUCUACAGAGAUGUCUGAAGCAUGAAGACUCUUAUGUGUACCUGAGUGCAAUACAGGGCCUGGUGGCCUUGGGGACAGUUUCCCCCAAUGUGGCUGUCCCAGUGCUAGCUCAACAUUAUUCAGACUUGGGAGAAAGGGAUGCAGAUGAAGACACCAGACUCAAGGUUGGAGAAGCCCUAGUUCGCAUCACCAAGCUUCUAGUGUUGACAUGUAUACGAGAAGGGGACCCCAUCCUCCGUGCUUCCAGCCUCUCUUGCCUUGCCAACCUCUGUGCUGCCCUUAACUUUGCUUUGGGACCAAUCUUACAAGAGGUAUUGUCAAUUGUGAACAUGUGUUGUGAAGACAAGAACUUAGAAGUCCGUCGAGGAGCUGCCAAUGCUCUCCAAGUCAUCCUAAGAGGUCUUGGCAAGAAUUUUCUUCACAUCUUAGGAGGAGAUGUCAGGGAUGUGUAUCGUCAAAUCAAAUCUCUCCACCGCCAAGAUCCGGAUCCUAUUGUGCAGCUCCAUGCCCAGUUGGCUCUUGAGGAACUUGAUUCCUCCAUGAAAGAACUCAUUGCAUCUGAAAUGAAAAUAGAGAAGAAGAUCAGAAUCCUUCAUCCAUCCAGCUGA